UUGAGAGUUGAUUAAUGUUAAUAGUGGCCUUAUUGUCAUAUUUAAGCAGACCCUUGAUGGACGGAUAUUCGUAUCCUGUUCCUGUGGCCAAUUUUCUCCAAAGCCGAUCAAUCCCCUACAAAUACCCAUCAAGUCUUUUGUUGCAUAUAUUUUAUAAGUGAGCAUAACUAGCUCUCCCCUUCUGUUUGUGAACUGAGCUAGAGAGAGUGCUUGCCAGCCAUGGCCGAAGAACGUAUCACCAACAAUAAUGAGGUCCUUGAACCCUUGUUGCAACGCAAACAAUCCGCACCUGUGCCGGUGAGUUCCGCUCUUGAAGACACUCUAUCCGACACCAGUUUGUCAUACUUUAAACGACUCAGAAAGGCCACAUGCAUCGAACUCAACACCCUCUUCCGCCUGGCAGGCCCCGCAAUCGUUGUGUAUUUGCUCAAUAACAUCGUGUCCAUGUCCACUCAGAUCUUUUGCGGCCAUCUCGGCAAUCUCGAACUCGCUGCUGCCUCUCUUGGCAAUACAGGAAUCCAAGUUUUCGCUUAUGGACUCAUGUUAGGAAUGGGCAGUGCGGUGGAGACUCUAUGUGGCCAAGCUUAUGGGGCACACAAAUACCAUAUGCUAGGAGUUUAUCUUCAAAGAUCAACAAUUCUUUUAACAGCAACCGGGAUCCCAGUUAUGUUUAUUUACAUAUUUUCCAAACAAAUUUUACUCUUACUAGGUGAAUCUAGUUCCAUUGCAUCCUCGGCAGCAAUCUUUGUUUAUGGUCUUAUUCCUCAAAUAUUCGCAUACGCUGCAAAUUUUCCCAUACAAAAAUUCCUGCAAGCCCAAAGCAUAGUCUUCCCUAGCGCAUACAUUGCAGCCGCCACGCUCGUGGUGCACCUUUUACUAAGUUGGCUGGCAAUUUUCAAGUUUGGUUGGGGGCUGCUCGGCGCAUCGUUAGUGUUGAGUUUGUCAUGGUGGAUUGUGGUGGUGGCACAAUUUGUGUACAUUUUAACAAGUGUGAGGUGUAAGCAUACGUGGACUGGGUUCACUUUACAGGCAUUUACUGGGUUGUGGGAGUUCUUGAAAUUGUCCACAGCUUCAGCCAUAAUGUUGUGCCUUGAGACUUGGUACUACCAGAUAAUUGUUUUGAUUGCGGGAUUGCUCAAAGAUGCAGAAAUCGCCUUGGACUCUCUCUCCAUCUGCAUGACGAUUUCUGGAUGGGUUUACAUGAUUGCAGUAGGUUUCAAUGCCGCAGCAAGUGUGAGAGUGAGCAAUGAGCUAGGGGCCGCGCAUCCAAAAUCGUCGGCAUUCGCGGUGGUGAUAGUAACUUCAAGUUCAUUUAUAAUCGCCGUUAUUUUGGCUAUACUCGUGCUUGCAUUUCGCCAUAGUAUCAGCUAUAUCUUCACCAGCGGUUCCACGGUUUCGAAUGCCGUCUCUGAGCUCUCUCCCUAUCUCGCUUUCUCCAUCAUUCUCAAUGGUGUUCAGCCUGUCUUGUCAGGGUUGGCAAGAGUAGAGUUUGAGGAGUUUUGAUGAGUGAUGGUCGGGGAAGAAAAUAGAGGUGGUGUGGAGUCGCAACGAUACUAAAAUCGAAAACAUAAUAUAAAUUUGGAUAGUAAAAUGAUAUUUUAAGUGUUAUUAGGUGAAAAAGUGUUAUUAAACCAUUAUUUGGGUGAGAAAAAGACGUUUACUCUAAUUUUCACUUCUCUUGAAGAGGUCCAGGUGAUGAAUUAAACCACUUAAGAGUUAGUUGAAACAACCUACAACAAUCGGUCUUUGAUCCAGAAAUCGACAGUUAUAACUAGUCGUUAAGCGUCUCUUUCAAUUUCUACCCUCUUUCAUUUUCAUUCAUGCAUGUUGUCUCAGUUUAAUUACUCUCUUUAUCUUAAUG